GGUUUAUCGGCCAGUCAAGGAACCGGAUCGGGGCGAGCUACCCACAACGCCUGAAGCUAAGUCAAGGGUAGCCCCGAAUGGAGGGGACAGCAAUUAAGGUGAGUUUGGGAAGGUCACCUCGCUUCAGCGCAGGGUCCUCGGUCUCUCUACAAUAACUUACGUAGUCCAUUUUUGUUUUCUUCCUCUUUUACUCGACCGCGCGCUUCGGACAAAAUCUCAUAAUCCCCCGAGCUGCGAAUCCUGAACGUCAUGGAGUUUUCUUACAACCUUGAUCUCGACUCUUGCUGCUCCCCGCGACUCAAUUUUAGGUGAUUCAAGCCCAGCUUCGGUACUUUGCAAACGCAGAAGUGUCCAUCACUUUUUGGACCCAGGAACUCGAAGCAAGAGCUUAUCGCACAAAGCUGGUCCACGGCGGAUACCCAGCCUACAUUGAUCGAUAACGAUAACGAGGUUGACGAUUUGCUUGUUGAGCGACGACACAAAUCUUUGCGUCCAUACACGAAGCGCAAUUAGUAUUGGUACUUACCGCUCACGAAGAGGACAUCGUAUUAUCAAUAUGGGUGAUCAACGUCAUCACAUGGAGCACCGGCCGGUGCAAAACAGCGCGGUCUUCGUGCUCGGCGCAAAUCACUGCGACUCAAUGCCACCUCCCUCGCCUCCUUCACCACCAAUCUCACCCCCAGAAGAUGGCUUUUUGGAAGAAUUGGAAGAACUCAGCCUCGGAUCGCCUGACGACCUUCCCGAGAACGACGACAGCUCCGCCAAAAUCCAGGAUAGACUUCAUGCCGCAACACACGUCCUCAAGACAGAAGCCGCAGCGUUGCGGUCAGUCGCCAACUUAUACGAGACAGAUCCCGUCGCUCGGGAUGGCUUCAACAGAACAGUCGCGGCCAUCACACGGCACAAGGGUGAGAAGGGAAAGCUCAUCAUCACCGGCGUCGGAAAGUCCGGUCACAUUGCGAACAAGCUGGUUGCGACAUUCAACAGCCUUUCACUCACAUCCGUAUUUCUGAACCCGAUUGACGCGCUUCACGGCGAUUUGGGUAUUAUCCAGAAACACGAUAUUCUUCUCUUCAUCACAUUCUCCGGAAAGACCUCCGAACUUUUCAGCCUAUUACCACACUUGGACAAGCCGUCAUCAUUAGUCAUCCUCACCGGACAUACGAGGCCUGACACGUGCGAGCUUAUCAAACUCCGACCGGAUACGAUCCUUCUCCCAGCACCAGUCCACGAAAGUGAGACAUCGUCAUUUGGUGUCUCGGCUCCGACAACGUCCACAACGGUCGCCUUGGCCGUCGGCGACGCGCUUGCCAUCGCCGCGGCGCAGGAGCUGCACCCGAGCGUCGCACAGGUGUUCUCCAAGAACCAUCCGGGUGGUGCCAUUGGGGCCGCGUUCCGGAAACCUCAGACAAUUCUGGACUUGUCCAUUCCCUGGGUGGACAUUGAUGACUCGGAACACCUUUGCGUGGACAGCAGCGUCGGUGCAGACCUCUUCCGGGCUGCUUACGACUCGCCGUCAGGCUGGGUGCGUGUCGGCGACGCUGUAGCAUCGCCGAGCCGCAUCAGGAAGUUGGCAACGGUCGACUUCACACGGUCUCUGAGAGACAUCCCGCAUUUGUUGGUACCGAGGGCAGAGAUGCUCUCCAUCUCUUCCGGCACAUCGAUACGUCGUGCCGUGGACUUUGUGAGAAGCAUGCAAGGCGCCGCGGACGAUGGUGAGUACGUUUGUAAUUCGGACUCUCUCCUGGCUGUUUUGGACCAUGGCGACAUGGUUGGCGUUUUGGAAGCUGGCAAGCUCUUGGAAUGGAAAGAUUGAGGCGCAUUUGGAUUUCACUGUAGGCAUCUUGUAUGCCCGUUCGGGAUGAAAUGUUCGGACCGGGUACGAAUCUUUUCAUCGUUUCACACCUGCCCAUGCUGGAGAUACGCGGGCGGAGCGUUCAUUUAAUCGGAGAUCAUCUGGGAGAAUCAUGUCAAGCCACUUGAAGUUGGCUUUACGACACUGUCUUUAGACGCUGGGAAACUGGAUCAGGGCCAAAAAUUUGAGUCCGCUGAGUGGCAUGGCGACUAUGCCCAACC